AUGAGUUUGCGGGACCAGGUCGUGCAUGUGGCGCAUGCAGACUGGCUUGCUAGCCACUGCACUCACUCCCGGGAUCAGACAUCUGACCGGCUCGGACAUCGACUUCUACUUCGCAAACUGGGCCCAGCUGAACACGAGCGUUAUGCCAACUUCAUCCUCCCCAAGAAUCCCCGAGAAGUCACUUUCAAGAACACGGUUCAGACGUUGUCGCCGACUUUUGGUGAGCAAUCAUCCCUUUUCAACACUCGAUUUCAGUGCUGGCAAUUGUGCAAACGAGAUUCCGAUGAUUUCAUCACAUAUGCGGGCAUUGUCAAUCGUGAGUGUGGGUGUUUCCAACUCGGUUCUCUCACUGAAGACCAGUUUAGAUGCCUGCGGCCUCUAGUCCCCCAAGGAUGCUGACAUCCAAACACGUCUCCUGUCCAAAUUGCAGCAGAACAACUCUACCGCACUCCAAGAGCUGGAAGCAGAGUGCCAAACGCUGAUCAACCUCAAGCACGACUCCGCCAUGAUUCAGAACCCUGCCUCAUCUUUAUCGGUCCAUACGGUCAUACUGACCAAAUCGCAUCCUGUUACACGGCCCAAGCAAGUGUCUAAGGCGAGAUCUCCGCCAUCUCCCUGUCGGCACUGUGGCGCGUGGCAUUUCCACCGGGAUUACAUUUUUCGCCAGCAUCGCUGCCAAAGCUGUAAUCAAGUGGGACACCGUGAUGGGUUCUGCAAAUCGAAACCAGCUUCUGCAAGCAAGCCAGUCCCCGUCAUUUCUGGUUCCAGGCACCGUUUCCGGUCAAAACGCAGGCACAAGCCCCAGUCCGUUGGUAAUUCUCUCAGUCUCUUGGCCACUUUCCAGCUCAAUGCGGCUGGUUGUAGAAAGUUUGUUGGCUUUUUGCUCAAUGGCCAUGCAGUUCACCUACAGUUGGAUACUGUUUAGACAUCACUAUAAUCUCUGACACCCUGGCAGUCCCUUGACAGACCCAUGAGGCAUCAGACUUCUUAGUCCGCCGCAAGCGCGUGCGGUGGUCUCGUACAGCUAAUUGGACAACGGCAAUGCUGUGUCUCGUUCCGCGGUACCAGCAUCACUGCGAUCUGCUGCAUUACCAAGUCUGAUGUCAACCUACUUGGUCUCGACUGGAUUUAACUACUCGGUUUGGCUGAUAUACCUCUCCGUGUUGUUUGCGGUCAAGUGCAGAUUUCCGCUGUGAUCGCAGACCAAGCCAAUGACAUUCUACAGCGGUUUGCUCCAGUGUUCCAAGACGGUCUGGGUCGUUGCACAUACACUCCAGCCGUGCUACAUCUGUCUCCUGGAAGUCAACCAGUCUUCCGUCUAAAGCGACCAGUCCCAUAUGCAGCCCUACCACUUGUCGAGGCUGAAAUAAGGCGUCUGGUUCCUGUAUCCUUCUCCGCCUGGGCCGCUCCAAUCAUUGUGGUUAAGAAGCCCAAUGGCUCGAUUCGCAUUUGUGCUGACUUCUCCACCGGUCUCAAUGCCGCGCAGACGCCGAAUUGCUAUCCACUGCCGGUUUCUACUGAUCUUUUCGCCCUGCCGAAUGGUAGCACUUGCUUUGCCAACUUGGAUCUCACUGAUGCGUAA